ACAUUAACAAACACAACACAACACAAACACAAACGACAUGCGAUGAUGGGGUGAUGAUGAGCGCCUCUUACUCAAAAUCUUGUUGACUCCCUCCUUCUACCUUUCCCCUUAUUUUUGCAACUCAUCAUCAUCUCUCACUUCAUCUCUUUCUUUCUCUCUCUCUUUUUUUUCUCUCUCCUCCAUUUUUGUUCCGCCAUUAAAGGCAAGCUAUGGCAGCUUAUCGGAUUGCUGUACCGCUUCCGUUUAUGUUAGCGGAGGCUGAAACUGGAACUACAAAUACUACGAAUUCUGCUGUUGUUGCUGCUUUGGUUGAAGAAGAAUCAAAUCCUACUGAUGCUGUUAUCUUCUUUGGUGUUAGUCUUAUUUUAGGUAUUGCUUGUCGCCAUUUUCUUCGAGGUACUCGCAUUCCUUACACUGUUGCUUUGCUCGUCAUCGGCAUUGGCCUUGGAUCGUUAGAAUAUGGUACAAAACAUGGCGUCGGAAGGUUUGGGGAUGGUAUUCGCAUUUGGGAAAAUAUUGAUCCAGAUCUCCUAUUGGCUGUAUUUCUCCCUGCCCUUCUGUUUGAAAGUUCCUUUUCAAUGGAAGUUCACCAAAUAAAGAGGUGUAUAGCACAAAUGGUUUUACUUGCUGGGCCAGGUGUUCUGAUUUCAACUUUUACUCUUGGAGCAGCAUUGAAGCUGUCGUUUCCCUAUGACUGGAACUGGAAAACAUGUUUGUUGCUCGGUGGACUUCUAAGUGCAACUGAUCCUGUAGCUGUUGUAGCUCUCUUAAAAGAACUUGGUGCAAGCAAAAAACUGAGUACUAUAAUUGAGGGGGAGUCCUUGAUGAAUGAUGGGACUGCGAUUGUGGUAUAUCAGCUCUUUUUUCAAAUGGUCCUUGGUCGAACCUUUAAUUGGGCAUCGAUUGUGAAAUUUUUGGUUCAAGUCGCACUUGGAGCUGUGGGAAUGGGCAUUGCAUUUGGUGCAGCAUCAGUGUUGUGGCUCGGUUUUAUAUUCAAUGACACUGUAAUAGAGAUUACUUUGACACUUGCUGUGAGCUAUGUUGCCUAUUUUACUGCUCAAGAGGGAGCUGCUGUGUCUGGUGUCCUGACAGUGAUGACCUUAGGAAUGUUUUAUGCAGCAGCUGCUAGGACAGCAUUCAAAGGUGAAAGUCAACAGAGUUUGCAUCACUUUUGGGAGAUGGUGGCAUACAUCGCCAAUACACUGAUCUUUAUUUUGAGUGGUACCGUCAUAGCACAAGGUGUUCUCAGCAGUGAUAGCAUUUUUCAGAACCAUGGUAUUUCAUGGGGCUAUCUGAUCCUUCUUUAUGUGUACGUCCUAGUUGCUCGAGGACUGGUUGUUGGAGCUUUGUUCCCAUUUUUACGAUAUUUUGGUUAUGGCUUGGAUUGGAAAGAAGCCAUUAUAUUAGUAUGGUCAGGCUUGAGGGGAGCUGUAGCAUUGUCUCUUUCACUGUCUGUCAAGCGUUCAAGUGGUGACCCAGCUCUUCUCAGUACGCAGACCGGAACACUGUUUGUUUUCUUCACUGGCGGAAUUGUAUUUUUGACACUAAUCAUUAACGGAUCAACCACACAAUUUGUGCUGCGCUAUUUAGGGAUGCAGAAACUAUCAAAAGAAAAGAGACGCAUAUUGGAUUUUACAAAAUAUGAAAUGGAAAAGAAAGCAUUAGAGGCAUUUGGGGAUCUUGGUGAAGAUGAAGAACUAGGACCUGCUGACUGGAACACUGUCAAAAGAUAUAUUAAGAGCUUAAACAGCAUUGAUGGGGAUCGCAUCCACCCCCAUGAUGCUUCUGAUGCUCCUGAUAAUGGGGGUUUUCUGGAUCCUAUGAACUUGAAAGAUAUGCGUGUACGACUCUUAAAUGGUGUUCAAGCUGCUUACUGGGUGAUGCUCGAUGAAGGAAGGAUAACACAAACUACUGCUAAUAUAUUAAUGCAAUCAGUUGAUGAAGCACUUGACGUGGUACAUCAUGAGCCAUUAUGUGAUUGGAAAGGGUUAAAAAGUAAUGUUCACUUUCCAAAUUACUAUCGCUUCCUUCAAGGCAGCAUGUACCCAAAAAAGCUGGUGACAUUUUUUACAGUCGAGAGAUUAGAAUCUGCGUGUUAUAUAUGCGCUGCGUUUUUGCGGGCCCAUAGAAUUGCUCGCGGCCAACUACAUGAUUUCAUUGGUGACAGUGAGAUAUCUUCUGCUAUCAUCAAUGAAAGUGAGGCAGAAGGAGAGGAAGCAAGAAAUUUUUUGGAAGAUGUCCGCAUUACCUUUCCAGAGGUUUUGCGAGUUGUAAAGACAAGGCAAGUAACAUAUGCUGUAUUGCAACACUUACUUCAUUACAUUCAAAGUCUGGAGAAGGCUGGAAUACUGGAAGAGAAAGAGAUGGUUCAUCUUCAUGAUGCCGUCGAGACUGACUUGAAAAGACUUCAACGUAAUCCUCCUACUGUUAAGAUUCCAAAGGUUGGGGAUCUAAUCACCACACAUCCUUUUCUGGGGGCCCUUCCUUCAAAUCUCCGUGAUCUGCUGGUUGGUUCUACAAAAGAAGAAGUUAAAGUACGCGGUAUGGCGCUAUACAAGGAGGGUGGUAAGCCCAAUGGGAUCUGGCUUAUAGCAAAUGGGGUGGUGAAGUGGGCCAGCAAGAACAGGACUAAUAAGCAUGCCUUGCAUCGGACGUUUACCCAUGGAAGUACUUUGGGGCUAUAUGAAGUGAUGAUCGGGAAGCCUUAUUUUUGUGAUAUGAUUACAGAUUCUGUUGUAGUUUGCUUCUUUGUCGAAACAGAGAAGAUUCUCGCAGUUCUGGGAUCCGAUCCUGCAGUGGAGCAUUUCUUCUGGAAGGAAAGUGUUAUUGUGCUUGCCAAAGUCCUCCUUCCUCGAGUUUAUGAGAAUAUGUCAAUGCAAGAUAUGAGGAUGCUGACAGCUGAGAGGUCAACAUUGAAUACAUACCUGAGGGGUGAAAAUAUAGAAGUCCCACCACAUUCUAUUGGGUUUCUAUUGGAAGGCUUUAUAAAAAGUCAUUCUCUUGUUGAGGAACUGAUAACAUCACCAGCAGCGUUGUGGCCUGCGCAAGGAAAUUCGAGCUUCCUCUGCCAAGACGGUUCUGGUUAUAAAUCAACCAGCUUUUUACAUCAAGGAACGUCGUACUAUGUAGAGACAAGAGCUAGAGUCCUUUUGAUUGACAUGGCUGCAACGCCAGCUGAUAGUACUCUCCAGAGGCGGAAGUCGUCCAUCUUGCUCCGCGAUCAGUCCUCAAGAUCUCUGAUUAGAGAUCAUGCUGGUCUUGUGAGUUGGCCAGAGAAUCACUACAAGUCACAUCAGCAGCUGCCAGAUGGCAAAGAAAUAGAUGACAAUCAAAGCUUGUCAGCCAAAGCAAUGCAGUUGAGCAUCUAUGGCAGCACGGUCAAAGACGCUCCCACGCGAGGGUUCAGUUUUCAAGGGGAUAACUUGGGAAAUCCAUCACACUUCCGUUCAUAUCAUCAUGUUCCUGUCGGUCCGGAACAACGACCUCUCACUACAGUAAAAUCAGAAGGAUCAAAUACUGUUAGGAAAAGACUUGAAGAUGAUGUAAUGAGGCAAGGGCUUCUACCUCCAUCAGGACCAUCACAUAGUAGGCACCCAAGUCGUGCGGUAGAUGAUUCGAGCUCCGAUUCUGGUGGUGAAGAUGAUGUUAUUGUGAGAAUUGAUUCGCCAAGUAAACUCUCUUUCCGGCAAGCACCUUGAUGAGAGCUCGUUCGGAAUUCCACUCCUUUGUGAAGUAAUUUACUCAUCUCCUCUUUCUGAUCUUGUAUUCUUUAUUCUGGUAAUUUGUAUCAUUUGUUAUGUAUUUGGGGAAAAAGAGUGGUAAUUUCCACUUGGUUAAACAAACUGUUGAAGUUUGUAGCACGGGCGAUUGUUUGCCACUUUGUAUCCAAUAAAUAAUAUCGAGAUUAAUCAGAUAAGUUACCAAUUUUGGCUUGUAAAUAUGUAUGUUUGUGAAUAGUGUAAGCAGUGAUUUUCCAACUAAUAAGGAAAGUAUUUAAUUUAAUUAUCCAA